UUGACGCUUGGCUUCGCAGUUUUUGAUAAGUGAUGUGAGAUAAAAAAUGUAAUCAUUGACAUGGCGGGUUUUCGAGAUAUCGACAGGGCAUUAUUUCCAAUAAAAAGUAUCGCGGCCGUCAUAGAGAUAUUCAAGCACCAUUUGGAGAGGACUUCCGAACCGGACUUGGCGUUACUAUCAAUCAUCGUCGGCGCGGUAGAAAACUCGUUGACAUGCGGCCGGCCAAAUGCGCCGCAACAAAUUAGCGAUCCGAUCGAGUCCUCGAGGCUACCGUCGCUCGAGUACCAUACCGUCGAAGUUCUGUACAAUAAGUUUUACGCAAUCAUGAAGGGGGCCGUCGACGUACCUGCCAAAAACACCACUAAAACGCAAUAUGCUACAAGGGAGCUUGUAAAAAAAGUAUCUGACGCUGUGUGGAAUACGCUUUCUAGGAGUUACUAUAAGGAUAGGGCGCACUUACAAAGUCUUUUUAGUUAUCUUACCGGAAAUAAACUCGAUUGUUUCGGUGUCGCUUUCGCCGUCGUCGCCGGGUGCCAGGCGUUGGGAUUUGCAGACGUGCAUUUGGCACUGUCGGAAGAUCACGCGUGGGUCGUGUUUGGGGAAUUUAGUACAGAAACGGCCGAAGUAACGUGGCACGGAAAAGGCAACGAAGAUAAACGGGGCCAAGAAAUUGGUAAAGGAGUCGCUGCACGUUCCUGGUUGUAUGUCAAUAACAAACCUGUCGUAUGUACGAGAGCUAUGGAAGUAGCCGCUUUAGUUUCGGCCAUAAAUCCCUCGCUAAAUGCUACGCACGACGCGUACGAAGUUGCUUACUUACAGCAGGAGCUGUUGUGGCUGUUGUACGAUUUGGGACAUCUUACUAAGUACCCGAUGGCCAUUGGUAAUUUAGGUGAUUUAGAAGAGAUUUCUUCCACUUCCGGAAGAAUACGUUGUGAUAUUUUAUUUCGUGAGGCAAUAUCAUCGGCUCGUAGUUACUACGACAACAUGCACGUUUACCCGUACACCUAUCAGGGAGGAUAUUUUUAUCGUAACAAAAUGUACAAAGAAGCGUUUGAAAGUUGGGCCAAUGCUAGCGAUGUUAUUAGAAAAUACAACUAUUCGCGUGAUGACGAAGAAAUUUACAAAGAAUUUCUCGAAAUCGCCAACGAGUUAAUACCUCACAUAAUGAAAGUGGAAAGCUCAGGGUUCAGCGCCAGCUGCAUACUCAAGAAACCGGAAUGUUUCGCGUACCUGCUCCGAUUUUACGACGGCAUCUGCCAGUGGGAGGAGGGCAGCGCGACGCCCGUACUGCACAUCGGCUGGGCGAAACCGCUUGUAAAUACGAUAUCGAAAUUUGACUCGGAAGUACGUGCUCAGGUUAACAUAGUCUGUGAAUCGAGUCCCGGUGAUAGUAAGUUCGACCAUAAGGCUCAGACGAACGGAAACGCGACGAGCUGCUUGAAUAACAACAACAAUUAUUGUAUAUCGGAAAAGGAAAACAGGAGCAGCGAUAACGAGCUUAUUCACGCGAUCGAGUCGAAAGUUAUAAGCGAGGAGAGCGCCGACAAUAAGAAUUUGCAUCCAAGUAUUGAAGCGCUUACGGCGGCGUGCUCGGAGAAGAUCCUUAAUCCCGAGUUUCUCCUGCAAGGUGGUGGGUCGCCGUUUGUUGGUGGCGACGAGACUGUAAAAGUAGAAAAGCGAAACGGAACUACUCCAAGUACCUCAAAACAAACUGAACCUGAAGAGAAAAUCUCACAAAGUACAACUCCCACCGUCACUCUUCACAGUCAAAAGAUGAUCGGUUUAAAGGACCUCUUACUGUCCGAAAAACUGAACACACACGCCAUAUCCUUACACUUAACGGCACAGUCUCAGGUACAGGUCGGAAAGAAAGGUAGGACAGACGUGGAGAGUAGCACGAGACCGAAAAGGACUCGCAGAGAGUAAAAAAGUGUUACACUUUUAAAACUACUUAUUUAUUUUUUAGUCAUUGACAGUGAGGGGGAACGACGACGAAUCGUACUUAAGUUUGCCAACAAAAUGGUUUGCAAAACACAAUGUUGCUUGUUAUAGAGAAAUGAGUAUAUUUUAAACCAAAAUAAUUUUUAAAGGGUAACUUAUUUUUUGAGCGUAAUUUCCUUGUUGCUUGUUGCAUAUUUAUAAGUUGAUUUUUAUGGCUUACUCAUUUUAUAGGAAAGAUCCGAGGCUGUAUCAUUUUUGAGCAUUUUAACACGUGAAUCGGAUGGACAGGUAAGGUGCUGUGAGCUAUUGUACGAGUGCUGUAUAUAUUUAAUGUGACGAUCAAUAGUUCAUUUCAGUUUUGGUUAAAAUUUAAUCUUGAAAAAACACUCAAUUAGACAUAUAGAUCUUAGAUCAUAUAUACAUAGACAUAGCUUCCCAUUUACUUUCAAUAAGGAGCAUUUGUCCCUAACAAAGACAUACUUUGCACCGGAAUUAGAACACUGCACAUGCGCAAUAGCAUUUUAACACACGAAAUGACCAAGAAUUUAAAAUGUGUCCAGUGUGACUAUGGAACGAAAGAUAAAUCUAAUUAUAAAACACAUUUAUUAACAUACAAGGUCACCAUGGAUUUAAAGUGUGCUCAGUGCACUUUCGUCACCAAACAUAAAUGUGGUCUUAAAGUGUGGAGCAAGGAUUUAAAAUGUGACCGGUGUGAUGUUGUCACCAAGUACAAAUGCAAUUUUAAAACGGUGCACAUCAUUGGUAUUCGGUUGACUAUCUCUCUCACACAUGUUGGCCCAAGAUUAGUAGGCUAUAUCUAUGGAAUAUAUAUGAUCUAUGGCUAAGAUUUACUCUCAAUCUGUUUCUCAUUUUGUUUGCAUGUCGCAUACAUUAUAAGCACGUAAAAAUGUUUGAUUUUUCAAGGUUAAAUUUUAGCAGAGAAGAUCUAUUAAAAGUGUACAAUUUCGGAUCAACAGAUUAACAAUAGGAAAAUUAAUAGCUUGGUUGGUCCGAGUCCGAAACGGUUUUAAACAUUAAGCAAUGAAGUUGAUACCUUCUGUACAAAUUUCAUACUGUUAUUACUACUCUAUUUUUUAUAUCAAUUUAGAAAAGGAAGCCCCGAAUAUAAGUGAUAUUCUUGUUACUUUGUUAGGCAAUUUCUGUUAGUGUUAAUCAUUGCCAUUAUAACAAUUCCAUUUUUCUGUGAGAUAGAUUUGAACUUCCAUUUUGUAAAACUGUUAUGUUAAAUUUAUAGCGUCACUAGCGUAUUGAAAUUAUUUACAGUCAUGUUAUCCUGUUUUAGGAAAUCAAACAUUCCGCAUGGAAAUGUUAACAAUUGAGCAUAGGUCAAAUUGUUUAUCUGGGAUCAGUACAGUUUCAGAGAAAGCUAUGGUCACAGAAAAUCCACUUUUAAUAGUAAUGUAUACUUUUGUUUGUUCUGAAAUUUGGCCAAAAUGUUCUUUGGACCUGCCUCUCCUUGAACAUAUCCAAAAAACAUACCACCAUUUUGAAUUUUUGGUCGCCUUUUGUGGUUUUUCCUCUAUCUUGAAAACUAUCCACUUUUCCCAACCAUUCCUAUUUCCAAAACGAAAGCUCAUUAAAUUUCCUACAAAGAAAUAGUUUUUUCCCAUUUGGGAGAUAUACAGGGUGUUCCGAAAUAUGAUGUAAAUACGGCUGGGGCUAAUUCUUUGACUUAUUUCAUGACUAAAAAUUCACAUAAACAGGUCCGCAAACGCUUUGUUACCGAGUGGUUAUGUCAAUGGUAGUACAGGGUGUUGUUUUUUCAGGAGUCAUCUUCCAUUUUCUCCCCUGAACUUUUUUUCGGUGCGCCACUGGUCGAUUGUGAACCAAGUAUUUAAUUUUAUGUUUUGGUUAUACGCUUUUUGGGUAAUUUUUUUGUGUCUGCAACCGUUAUUGGGAAAAAAAAUAUCAAUUUUCUGUAAUCAGCUGAAUGAAAUGGUCCAGUAGGCCCUGCCUUUUUUUAUUGUUUUUAUUAGUCUUGAGAGUUGGCAUUGAAAAUUGUGUCUUGUGUUUGCAUAUGUAAAGAUUAGAUUGUAAAGUGUAUGGUAGAACUAUAACACCCUGUAGAUGCGGCAAUCGGCAACAUAGCAUUUGGGUUUAUAUGAACUUUUAGUAAUAAAAUUAACCAAAUAAUUAUCCUCUUCUGUAUUUACAUUUACAAAAGGGACGGCAUGUUGCCCCCCCCCCCCCCCCCCGGCUAUAUAUAUUCAAGAGAAAGGCCCAAUGAACAUUUUGGUCAAAUUUCAAAACUAAGUUCUUUUAUUCGGUGACUUUGGUAGUGGACUGGACUAUACAUAUAUAGUGUAUUUGAAGGGUCUUUCAAUUCUGUACCCAAUCCGUAACAUUUUUUACCUUACAAUAAGCAAUGUUGGAAAACAAAACACCUACUCAUUCAAGUUUUUAUUCAAAAGGUCAACAUUUGAAUGUUUCGAGAUGUGGGUUAUGGGGAGGGUGCAAGUUUACGUAGAAAUGCGCCCCCUUGAAAACUAAAAUUGACGUGUUCACGAUUUUUCUGUAUCUGGUACUUCAAGGUUUUUAGAUGUAAACAUUAUUUCUUUCAAUUUCGGAUAAAACAAUGGUACUGUGCCACUUACAUAACUCAGAUGACUCUCAGUCUGUAGAUGAUACCUUUACAUUACUCAGUA